CGCCAGGCACUGUACACGUCGACUGAUACCCUCGACAUCGCGAGGGACGUUGUCGUAGUCUUCGUCGUCGUUGCUUGCGCAUUCCCGCCAUCCACCAACCCGGUCACGCCCCUCUUCAGCUCGACGUCGUCAUGCCAUCUCUCCGCCGCACGCUCUCGUCUCCUUCUGUCCGCUCUUCCCCCUACCGGAACCCCUCCUCCAGCGCAUUGGGCCACGCGACGCGUGCAGGCAACCCUCAGCCCCGUCGGUCCUCUGGCUCGGAUACCAGUAACCGUCGCGUACUCGCCGACAUCGACUGGUGGGUGGUCCAGGAUGGCCAACGCGAAUUCGUAGCGCCAUCAGGGCAGGACGAAGAUGCAAAUGAGGUAGUUGCGGCGGAGAACGAGCAGGUUCGUCCUCUCGGUGGCGCGACCGUGGUUACGUCCGAGGACAUCGUCGAGGCCCCUCCUGCCGCGGCGGCAGACGUCGCCAUCGCCACUGGGGGCCAUGAGAAUGAAAUUCUUUCAAGCCCUCUCUGGGACGUGUCCACGGAUAGCUCAUUUGGGUUCAGCACUCCUGAGGUCAUGUCGCCUCUCCCUCACUUCGCGUCGCUGUCCGUUGCCCCGCGGGCUCCGCUUCGCAGGCAUGCCUCAGAGUCGUCGCAGUCUUCGCUCGACAGCAGCUUCGAGUCCGCACCGGGCUCCCCCUUCUUGCCGACUUACAUGGACAUCCUCCAACCCGCGGUUCCCGCUUAUCCAUCGGUCUUCGCGUCGAGCAUUGGAGCUCGUCGGCCUGCCGGCCGGGUCCCGCCCUUGGCAUCCAGGUCUGUCAGUUACUCGGCCGUCGAGUUCCAGCUGUCCAGCACGAGGUUCAGUGACAACCGCUUUGACGACAUGGUCCCCACUCCCCCGCCUUUCUUCUCUACCACCAUGAGCGACUGCGAGAUGGACGACCUUUUCUACUGAGGUCGUCGCGCGUAGGCUGGCGGUUUGUCCUGCUGCGAGGGGAGAAAAGCGUCGAUACAAGCGCCCGGCAUCUUGUCCUUUCAUGAUCUCCUUGUCUCCUUUCCCUGAGCCAUUGAAUACCCACGGGCAUCCGCACUCUAUCACGUUGUCCUUCUUGUCACGACCCCGUUGGAAUGGUGCAAUGUCUCGCGGCACGUCGGCACCCCCGAGGUCGCAAGCAGGCCGAUACGAGUCCUUCGACUACGACAGACUUCCCCCUUGGCGUCCCAUCUUAUCCCUCCCUCCAUCACUCCAUCUCAUCUCUCCUCAUCUACAAUGCUCGCAUAGGCGGGGCGUCACUCAUGCAUAUCAUCUCAGGACACUGUACUCUUGCGAUCUUGCUUCAUCACGCACUCAUCCCGCCCGGCCCCGCUUCAAUCCACUGUUUUGUCCGCAUCGUCCCAUUGCUCACGCCUUAGGUCCCAUGACUGUUCUUGUUCACGACGCCCAUGAUGUGACGAUCGCACGAACACGCGCGCACCCGGUUCUCGUGCCUCAUUGCUCCCCAAUCCCGUGUCUAUAUCACGCCCACCCACAUUGCGAAUACGUGAAUGCAGCCUGCAGUUUGUUCUGCAGGCCGCCGCGUCCAACCUGUGCCUGAAUUUCUCUCCCAACUGCCUCUGUCUCAUCUCUGUAACGACUAGACACGCAUCCCUCUACCCCUCUACCUCGUCUCGGUACCCGCUGUCUCAGUAUUGUUGUUGUUGCUCUCCACUGUCACCACCUACCCCCUUCAAGCAUACGGCUACCUAUUUACCUAACUUGCGCUCUUGCUUGCAACGUUGUUGUUGUAGUCGGCUUGACUGCCGACAUUUCUUCAUUAACCGUCGUCUGACCACCCCAUCCUUACCACAUUGGCCCGCUUGACCGUGUUUGGCGCGUUUACGAAUUACGAGACUCCCUUACGAACGCUCG